GCCCUCAUUGGUCCAGGCUGGGCCUAUGGUGUCCCUGCGGGCCUGGGAGGUGUGCGCUCAAGUUGACAGGCUUUCCCUUAAGUGGAGUGGAGCUGAGCGGAAUGGGCCUGGGGUGCGGCGGCUGGAGGCUGUCCUGCUGUGGGCCUGCGAAAAAGCAGAUGAAGUUCUGAACGGAGACCACAGCAAGGAGCAGAAAGACCCAUAUUUUGUGGAGACCCCUUACGGUUUUCAGCUAGACUUAGAUUUCGUCAAAUACGUGGAUGACAUACAGAAGGGAAACACCAUCAAGAAACUGAACAUCCAGAAGAGGAGAAAGCCAUCUGCACCAUGUCCAGAAGUCAGGGCCACACCCGGUCACCAAGGUGUGUGGACUUCCACUGAGUCUCUGUCAUCCUCCACCAGUGAUGACAGCAAGCAGUGUCCCAGCUUCCUCCUAGCCAGGAGCCACGUUACAUCAACCCCAAUCCCACGGCCGCCUGCCCCGCUAGAGACCUCACCCACUUUUGCCAUCCCAGAAAGUCGACAGCUGCUGCCCCCUCCCUCCCCACAACCCCCAAAGCACAACCUCCAUGUCACCAAGACAUUAAUGGAGACCCGGAGGAGACUUGAACAGGAGAGGGUCACCAUGCAGAUGGCACCGGGUGAGUUCAGAAGGCCCAGGCUGGCCAGUUUUGGAGGCAUGGGCUCGACGAGCUCCCUCCCGUCCUUUAUGAGUUCUGGCAGCCACAACCCUGCCAUGCAUCAGCUUCAGAACGGAUACCAAGGCAACGGAGAUUAUAGCAGCUAUGUCCCAGCGGCUCCCACCACUUCCUCCAUGGGGAGCUCCAUCCGGCACAGCCCAUUGAGUUCAGGGAUCUCCACCCCAGUGACCAACGUGAGCCCCAUGCACCUGCAGCACAUCCGAGAACAGAUGGCCGUCGCCUUAAAACGCCUGAAGGAACUUGAGGAGCAGGUGAGAACCAUCCCCGUGCUGCAGGUUAAGAUCUCUGUCUUGCAAGAAGAGAAACGGCAGUUGGCCUCGCAGCUGAAAAACCAGAGGUCUGCGUCCCAGAACGACGUCUGCGGUGUGCGGAAGCGGUCCUACAGCGCGGGCAACGCCUCUCAGCUGGAACUGCCUUCCCGAGCCCGGAGAGGUGGCGGGGAAUUAUACAUCGACUAUGAGGAGGAGGAGAUGGAGAGUGUGGAACAGAGCACACAGAGGAUCAGGGAGUUCCGGCAGCUCACGGCUGACAUGCAGGCGCUGGAGCAAAAGAUUCAAGAGAGCAGCUGCGAGGCUGCUUCAGAGCUCAGGGAGAACGGACAGUGCCCAUCUCGGGAGCGCAAGUCCGUGGCUGUGGGUAGCGAUGAGAGCAUGAGCAACAUUGUCAUAUACCACAGAGACUUCAGGUCCUGCAAGGAUACGGCUGUGGGGACAGUCACAGAGACAAGGAAUUUUGGCAUCAGUGUGACAGAAGCCAUGCUCGGGGUUAUCACGGAAGCUGACAAAGAGAUUGAGCUACAGCAGCAGACCAUCGAGGCCUUAAAGGAGAAGAUUUACCGCUUGGAAGUACAGCUUAAAGAAACUACCCAUGACCGAGAGAUGACCAAGCUAAAGCAAGAACUACAGGCUGCUGGAUCCAGGAAGAAAGUUGACAAGGCUACAAUGGCCCAGCCACUUGUCUUCAGCAAGUCGGUGGAGGCACUGGUGCCAACCAGAGACCAAAUGGUUGGCAGUCACGUGGACACAACGGACUCAUGUGUUGGGACCUCUGUGCCAACGAGUAGCGUAGGCGUCUCCUGCCAUCCUGACCUCACAAAUCAAGUCGUGGGCCCCGAGCUGCCUAUGAAUUGGUGGGUCGUGAAGGAGAGGGUGGGAAUGCAUGACCAAUGCAUAGGGAGGUCUGUUGAGACUUGUGACCGGUGUGUGGGUGUGGAAGUCAGCGUCUGUGAAACAGGCAGCAACACAGAGGCUUCUGGAAGCGACCUGACACUCCUGAAGACAAACCUGAACCUCAAAGAUGUGCGGUCCAUUGGCUGUGGCGACUGCUCUGUCGAUGUGAUCGUCUCCUUUCCCAAGGAGUGCGCCUCUCGAAGCAUGAACACGGAGGCUGUAGGCCAAGAGGAAGCUGCUGUCAUGGCAGUGCCUCAUACCACACACCAGCACACCAGCACAAAUCUGGAGCAGGUGGACCAGGCCACUAACACGGAGGCGGCCACCCUGGUGGAGUCCUUCACCAACACUUUCCUCAGCACUCUGGAGAAGCAGACCAGCACCCAGACUGUGGAGAUGCGAACGGUGGCCAUAGGAGAAGGCCGUGUCAAAGACAUCAACCCUUCCACUAAGACUCGGUCUGUUGGUGUUGGGACUGUGCUGUCUGGCGGUUCUGAGUUUGACAAGCCAUCUGCUGUGAAGACCAAAGAGUCGGGUGUGGGACAGAUAAAUAUUCACGACAGCUAUCUAGUCGGUCUCAAAAUGAGAACCAUAGCGUGUGGUCCUCCACAGUUGGCUGUGGGGCUGAUGGGCAGCCGGAGGAGCGUGGGUGUUGGAAGCGAGCCUGUAGGCGAUCUCCUAGAGGAUGCUCCUCAGCCUCGGGUUGCAUCUGGAGUGAUGACUGGCUUGGAUCACUACAUUGAGCGCGUGCAGAAGCUGCUGGCAGAGCAACAGACGUUGCUGGCCGAGAACUACAGUGAGCUGGCGGAGGCUUUUGGGGAGCCUCAUUCACAGAUCGGCUCCCUCAAUUCACAGCUCAUCAGCACCCUGUCGUCCAUCAAUUCUGUCAUGAAGUCUGCAAGCACUGAAGAGCUCAGGAACCCCGAGUUCCAGAAAACCAGUCUGGGUACAAUCACAGGAAAUCACUUGGAAUAUACCUGUAAGUGUGGAGGCCUUCGGCCGGGAGGACUGCUACAUGUGCAAACAUCCCAGCCUGAGCAAGAGGCAGGGAUGGCAGAAGGGAGGCCCCUCAGGGAUCGUGACCAGUUCCCCAUGCAGGGAAAUACUCUGCACCCGGUGAACCUGACUGAUGACCAGAUCGCCACCGGCCUCUAUGUAUGUCCAAAUAAUGAAAACACACUGAAGUCCAUCAUGAAGAAGAAUGACGGGAAUAAAGAUUCGAAUGGUGCCAAAAAGAACCUUCAGUUCAUUGGCAUUAAUGGCGGGUAUGAGACAACUUCAAGUGAUGAUUCCAGCUCAGAUGGAAGCUCUUCUUCUGAGUCAGAUGACGAUGAUGCCAUUGAGUAUCCUCCUGAGGAAGAGGAGGAGGAAGAGGAGGAGGAGGAGGAGGCCGACACUCGGGGAAUGGCGGAAGGGCACCAUGCAGUUAAUAUGGAAGGUUUCAAGUCUGCCAGGGUGGAAGAUGAAAUGCAGGUUCCAGAGUGUGAACCUGAGAAGGAGGAAAUCAGAGAGAGAUAUGAAUUAAGUGAAAAGAUGUUGUCUGCAUGCAACUUACUGAAAGAUAACAUAAACGAUCCCAAAGCUUUGACCAGCAAAGAUAUGAGGUUCUGCCUGAACACCCUGCAGCACGAGUGGUUCCGCGUGUCCAGUCAGAAGUCCGCUGUGCCAGCCAUGGUGGGCGACUACAUCACCGCGUUCGAGGCUGUCUCCCCUGAGGUGCUCCGUUACAUCAUCAACAUGGCUGACGGCAAUGGAAACACCGCCCUCCACUACAGCGUGUCUCACUCCAACUUCCAGAUUGUCAAGCUACUUCUGGACGCAGACGUGUGUAAUGUCGAUCACCAGAACAAGGCAGGGUACACACCUAUCAUGCUGGCGGCCCUCGCAGCCGUCGAGGCAGAGAAGGACAUGCAGGUUGUAGAAGAACUCUUCGGCUGUGGAGACGUGAACGCCAAGGCCAGUCAGGCAGGACAGACAGCCCUCAUGCUGGCCGUCAGUCACGGGCGGAUCGACAUGGUAAAGGGCCUGCUGGCCUGUGGGGCUGAUGUCAACAUCCAGGAUGACGAGGGCUCCACAGCUCUGAUGUGUGCCAGUGAACAUGGCCAUGUGGAGAUUGUGAAGUUGCUCCUGGCCCAGCCAGGCUGCAAUAGCAACCUGGAGGACAACGAUGGCAGCACCGCUCUCUCCAUAGCCCUGGAAGCUGAGCACAAGGACAUCGCUCUUCUUCUGUAUGCCCACAUCAACUUCUCAAAAGCCCCAUCUCCGGGCACCCCUAGGCUUGGAAGAAAGACUUCUCCUGGUCCAGCUCACCGAGGCUCCUUUGACUGAUUGUGUAAACACAGCCCUCCAUGUGUGCGUGUACCACCAUGA